AUGCAAACAGAGGGGUUACUAGGGGCUCUAUCGUCAUUCAUAGCCAUUCCAAGUGUGAGCGGUGACCCCGCGUGCAAAGACCAUUGCUGGAACGCGUCCAAGUUUCUGAGCGCACGUUUGGAGGCUAUUGGCGCAUCGGUUAAGCUAGCUACGGCAGUAGAAGGUCAGAACCCGGUUGUACUUGCGCGGUUGGGUGAGGAUAAGUCCAAGCCAACUGUAGUAGUGUACGGUCACUACGAUGUGCAACCCGCCAGACACAAAUACUGGAAGACAGAUCCCUGGGUAGCCACCUCUAUUGACGGUUAUAUCUAUGGGCGGGGUACCACCGACGAUAAAGGCCCUAUCUUAGCCACAAUAUUUGCUGUGCAGCAACUGGUGGAAGAAAAUGCGUUGUCUGUGAACAUGGUGUUCAUAUACGAAGGCGACCAAGAACGCAGCGAAGGUUCCAGCGCCGGUUUGUUGGAGGUAUAG